GACAUAUUUCUAGACUAAACCAUUGCCUUGUGGUGUAGCCAGUGGAUGAAGGUUUCGGGAAUUAACAGCCGCAGUGGCAGAAGACCUGUGACCUACUGUUCAAGUUAGCGAAAGAGACUUUGGUGGCUACACAGAAUUUUCAUGGCCUGUGACCUAUGACCUGUCUGAUCUACCAGACGAGCUUGAAUUGAGUGAACUGUGUGGCUGUGGCUGGCAUGAUGGAGAACCUCUGGAGUAAAACAAAUAUCCUACACAAAGUCAAGAUGGGGAAAAAAGUAGAGAAAUCUUUUUCUAAGGACAGACACUUAUCAUCAGCUGCACAUCAUGAUGAUGAAAAUUCAAACAAAACUCCAGAGCCAGAUCUUGAACUAGAAAAGCCACAUAAGUGCACUGGGAGUUUUGAAAAAGACUUUACAGAGUUGUGCAAACAAAAUGCAAUGUCUGCCAUCCCCAAUGUCUUGCUGCGCCAAAAAUCUUUAACAGGUCAGUCUGGUUCUGUUGACUUGAAAUCUUCCAAAAGGGAAGAUAAAAAGCAGCCAGUUGCCCAAGUCCAUGAUGCAUCCGAGGCUGAUACAGAGAUUAAUGAAGAUGGAGAACCUAUAGAAUUGCCACCAAAAACAUAUACAACAAAACCGAUAUUUGAAUAUUUAAAGCCUUCAGUCCAAGUUGAGAUGGACAACCCAGACAAGUUUGACACAGUGACUGAGGUCUAUGUCAGAGGCUGGAAAAUUGAUGCAACUAUGAUGGAGAUAUUUCGUCAGUGUUGGUUAACUCUUGAUAGACUACAUACCAUUAAUUUGUGGAACACUGGCCUCACAGAAAGUACUUUACACACUCUAGCCACAUUUUUGCCACAGUGUUUGAAUUUAGUCAACGUGGUGUUAGAUGGUAACACUGUUAAAGAGGAAAACUGGUCAGAACUUCUGGGCCUGGAAAGCCUAAUCCAGCACUUAUCUCUACGUCACUGUAAAAUAACAGACAAGGGAGCAGAGAAAAUCGGGAAAGCUCUUGGUCAUGCCAAAUGGUGUAACACAAAGUUGAUUACACUAAAUCUGAGUGGAAAUUUAAUUGGUGAUGUUGGUGCACAGGCAUUGGCUGAGGGUCUGCGCAUGAACAGGACACUUUUGUCUUUAACACUAAUGAGCAACAACAUUGGUGACAAAGGAUCAGAGAAACUUGCUGAGACUCUUUCUCGCUUUCCCUUGACUCAUGAGGAAAUAGUAGAAAGGAGAAAACUUUUGUCAGACAGGAGCUCUCCCGAGCGUAAAUCUCCCACGCCAAGCCGUAGAGGAGAGUCCAAAGACAGGCCUGGGAGUGUACGCAGUACUAGCACUAUAGAAAAGACAAAAGGCACCAAGCCGUCUGCCAAGAAAAAAGAUAUCAAGGAAAAAGAUGCCAAGGAAGGAACUAAAACAGUGAAAAAAGACAAAGAAGGAGACGGCAGAGGGUCAAAGAGUAAAGGCUCUGUGGUUUUGAAAGCUGCUCUAAAAGUGAUAACCAGUGCAACCAUUGCUGAUGCCACCAAAUCUGUGACUGCCAAGAAAGAUAAAAAACCUGGUAAAGGUCGUCCAGUACCAACAGAUAGCGAGGAUGCUGACUUAAUGAAUUCUGAUGGCAGUGAUCAACUCAGUGCAUUGCUGGAAAACGGAGAGUUUAUGGAUGGCCAAUAUUGGAUAGCUGGCAACAGAGUCCUGGUCAAUCUAAACUUAGCUCGUAACAACAUUGGCGAGGAAGGUCUGGCAGCUAUUUUGAAGGCAAUCCAAUACCAGACAACUCUAGCACUAGCCAAUGAAAAUAAACCUGGAGCAAAUGGUCUGUUGAGACUGCAGCUUCAUAAAAAUAAUUUCUCAUUUGAUUGUGAGGCUUACAGGAAACUGACAGACCUGAUGGCAUCCAAAGACCCCAUGGCCAAAUAUUCCAUUUCACCUGAUAUCUCGAAGUAAAAUUUUUCAAGAGACUCUGCAUAGUCUGAGAUGUUCAUUUUGAUGGAACCAGAAUGUUGUUGAAGGUCAUCAGCUAACUGUGAUAUUAAGUUCUUGGCUUGUUUUCUUUUUCACUGGUAGCCUACUCAAGGAGUUCCUCAUGUUUUGCAAUAUGUUUAUAGUACAAUGGAUUAAAACAAACUUAUUUUUGUGUAUCA